AUGGAUUUGAAAGCCAAAACAUCUUUGCCUCGUUUGACGACCAAUUUCCCUCUCUUUGAGAAACCACACAAUGCGUCGAUGCAGAAUUUGGUUGUCCCCGAGAGACCCACGAGGGACUUAACCUUCUUGGAGGAGGAAAUACACAAGGAGAACAUUGCACCAAUCGCACGGCCAGAAAUUAAACCCGCCUUCAAGACUCGGAAAGACAUGGAGGAUCCCUUGGCAGCGAAGAUGAAGGUGUACUAUGGUGAUAUCUUUGCAACGCGUGAAUCACAUAACUCACCAAAGGAUCGUGUCACCUUUGAGUCUGUGGUUGUGGCUGAGCUCAAGACCAAUACCCAAGUAAAAGGGGAUGCAUCCAGAGCACUUUCUGAGUUUUCCCACGCCCUCGCAGAGAUAUACCAGCGGCCAGAGACUUCCAUGCUAGUGGUCAUCGACCAAAACGCCGAUCUGCUCUUCGGGAUCACCACUGGCCCUGCGUACCUAUUGAAAGUGGCCGCCCUCGCCAGUAUGAUCGCGCCUCUCACCAACCUUCGAAACACAAGCCUCGUACAAUCGAGCAUCCAGGAUAUCUUCGACAUUCCACCCGAAAAUGGAGUCAUUAUCUUCAAUCCACUGAGUGAAGACAACCUUGCAACAAAUGGGGUAACCGCUAGGGAGGUAAUCAAUCGUUUGGAACGAAGUGAUCAAAGCCCUUCGUUCUUCAGGUCAAUCUCACGAUCUAUGAGCCGCCACCUGAAGUCAAGCGGUGAAAACAGUGCACCACUCACGCUCAGCCCGGCUAUGGGUCCCGAUGCCGCAAACACGGCUCCUCGCUCUCCUAUCACCUCCCCAUCGACCGAUGUUUCUCCGUUCAGAUUAGACUCCCCGGGUGCUAUCGAGCUAGCAGAUCCAGUGAAUUCGCGAUCUCCGGCAGAAGAAUCAUCUGGGGGAAAUUCUCCCAAGCGAACAUUGUCCAAGGAAGAAAAGGCUGAUCGACCGAUGAGAAGGAGGGAAAGCCUGAGAAGCUUUGUCACCCGUCGCUUGAUGGAAUUUGGCGAAGUCACCCCGUUUGGAAGUCCGAAGUCUCCUGUCAAAGGGAACAAAGAAUGA